AGAGCAAAUAUUUGUUGCAAAACUUCUAUGUGGGACAGACAUCUUCAUCUCAUUUUUCAACAUAGUUGAUUGAGAAUAGUAACAGAGGAGCUGCCUAAUAGAAAAAAAAGAAAAAAAGCUCAUUACUGGAUGUCAACAUGAAAACAGGAGUUUACCUAUUUCUUUUAAGUGAAAUGUGUGUUGAAUUCAUCAAGGCUGGCAUAAACCUUAACAUUCCAAAGGAGGAAAACGAGAAUAAUUUAUUAGAAGGAAAUAAAAAUGUCAGUAUUUCUGAAGAGUUACAUUAUCUUGAAAAUAUCUCUAAGCCUUUUGAAGACCGAGGUCUUGAAGAGUUCACUCUUUACAACUUCACCGAAAAGACUGCAAAUUUUGGAUUUAACCUCUACAGAAAAAUUGCAAUGACACAUGACAACAAUGUAAUCAUCUCUCCCCUUUCUGUAUCAGCUCUCAUGACUGCAUAUACGCUUGCAGCCAAAGGGGAAACACAGAGACAAAUAGUAAAAAGUCUAAACCUCCAUGCUUUGAAGGAUGGAGUGGAUCGCCACCAUUUACCAGCUUUGUUUAAACAACUGAAAGAUAACAUCACAAUGAAUGAAGAACUACUCCUUGUGCAAGGUACCCUUUCUUUUAUCCAAAAAGACUUCAGACUCAAGGAAUCUUUCCUCAAUUUAUCAAAGCAGUACUUUGAUAUGGAAUUCCUGAGAGUGGACUUUCAAAACUUUACACAGGCAAAAUCUGUCAUAAACCAAAACAUUAACAAAAGGACCAAAGGAAAAAUCCCAGAGCUUUUUGAAGACCUUGACCGCCAAAAUAAACUGCUACUUGUGGACUACAUUGUCUUUAAAGGCAAGUGGGUCUACCCAUUUAAUUCCAAAUUCACAGAAAUGGAGAAUUUCCACAUAAACAAAUACAGAAGCGUAAAGGUACCCAUGAUGUUCAAGUCAGGUAAAGUUAAUUCAAGUUUUGAUGAGAACUUAAGAUGCACUGUGAUAAAGCUACCCUACAAAGGGAAAGCCCACAUGCUGAUUGUCAUCCCAGAAAAAGAGGGAGAUUACAUUUCACUUGAAGACCAUUUGACUACAGAGCUUGUGGAAUCCUGGCUUGCAAACAUGAAAACCAGAAAAGUGGAUAUUUCCUUUCCAAAGUUUAAACUAGAGCAAAAAUACAAAAUGAAGAAAUUGCUACAUGCUCUUGGAAUUAAAAAUCUCUUUACACGUACAGCAGAUCUCGGUCAUCUCACAGAUCAAGGAUAUGUAGCAGUCUCACAGGUUGUCCAAAAGGCAGCAAUCGAAGUGGAUGAAGAAGGAACUGAGGCCACAGCAGCUAGUGGGUCAGAAAUAACUGCAUUCACAGUGCCUCCUGUCAUCAAAGUGGAUCGACCUUUCCUUUUUAUGAUUUUUGAAGAAACUUUUAAAACAUUACUAUUCAUUGGCAGGGUGGUUGAUCCAACAAAAAUGUGAAUACAGGUAAAACCAAUGCUACAGAGGGUUCCAAAGUAUUGGUGCUGCCCAACAGAAGUAACCCAGAAGUAAGCAGCCUCAUGAAAGAUUGCUGGGAUGGAGGUCUACAGUGUGAAGGACUGAUGAAAGUAUACAUGAGACACUAGGAAUAUCGUACAAGGAAGAUGUGCAGACCAAAAAACGUCUAAAUAGAGCAUUUAAAUAUUGCAUAAGCAGAAAUUUAAUAUACAGUAGGAUUAUUGAGUGGAGCACAUGUUAUCAGCACUAAAUAAAUUAAUCAGUUAAAAAUGACAGACAAAUGACAGCCAAUAAGAAACAAAUGACAGACUGUAUACAGAAUUCAUUAGGUGCUUAUUAAGGGGAGAAGUAGCCUGAAUUCAAGUUUCUGGACUUACUGGUUGUUCUGCACUGCUCUAGUAAAGGCAUCUGAGGGUCAAACGCAGUUUUGAGUCCUGUUCUGCAGCUGGGUACUGCUGAUCUGAGUUUGGCCCCUGGCAGAAAUCAGGCUGAGAACGGAUUGAACAGUGUCCUGUGGCCCAUGGGUGAGCAGCUGUAGCUGGCACGUUGAGUUAGAUGUCCCUGGGGACCAGGGAGCAUGUGCCUUCAUGGAUGAGACAAAAGCAGAAACUGGGAGGAGCCAGCAUACGUCAUCUCUAUAUCUGCAUCAUUAUUGCAUGUUAAACAUCGUAAUACUUGAAAGAAGCUUUUAAAGAAAUCUGUGAU